CGGACACACCGUCCUCAUUUCUCUCUCUGCCCCCCACCCUCCUCUCCCCUCCCCUCCCGUGCGAGCUCCCGCCCCCACCCCAGAGCGCCUCCGUCGCGAGAGAGGCAGCAGGCGGCUCGCCUGGGGGAGGCGUCGAUGGAUCUGGAGAGGUCGCCGCCGGCGUCGCCGGCGGAGGCGGCCGGUGGCGGGGGCGGGGGCGCGGCUUGUUCCAUCUGCCUGGAUCCGGUGCUCGCCCGCGGCGGGGGCCGCUCCGUCGCCAAGCUGCAAUGCGGCCACGAGUUCCACCUAGACUGUAUUGGAUCUGCAUUUAAUGCAAAAGGAGCAAUGCAAUGCCCUAACUGUCGGAAGAUUGAGAAAGGUCGCUGGCUUUAUGCAAGCGGACACCGCCCUUCUGCUGAUAUUGAUAUGGGUGGCUGGGCGACUAGUGACAACUAUGAUAUCACCUCUGACCUUCCAUUUGGGUUUCAGUGGUGCCCCUUUAGUGGAUUCACCCAGCUAGCAUCUGUGUUUGAGGAGCGUGAAGCUGAGCCAACUUCUUAUCACACAAUUGGAGAUCACUCAAGUGCUGCAAGCAGUUCACUUGUUUGCCCAUAUCUUGCCCUGCGUGGUUUUCUUCAUCCUGUGCAUGUACCUUCUACUUCUAAUUCUGGUGCUGAAAGCACUUCAUUUCAUCGGCAUUCAACUGGCUUGGAAGGCCAUGCAACUCCAGAUUUGAGUAAUGCUCAAGUUUUCCAUGCUACCGAGUCAAGAAAUCAUGACAGUGAGCACAGACAUUUGAGUAAUCUUCCUGUAUCAGGAAUUCCUGAUCAUUCUAUGGCUCCAUUUGGUAUAGGACUACCAAGAUAUGACACCAGCAGCCAACAGAGAUCCAGAUCAUAUGCGCGUCAUCAUCCCCUAAUCCAUAGGCCAACACCUCGCAGUGGAAACAAUUUGGUAGCACCCUUAGGGUCUGCUCCAGCUGUUGUGGCAGAGACUAGAGGCCAUGGUCAUGGUGCACGAGGCCAUAUGUACCAACAGUCGAUGCACUCCUCUAUGCAGAGCAGCCCAUUCCCUCCUACCACUAGAAGGGUUAGGCCGAGGGCCUUGACAAUUACAUCUUUUAUUGCAGCAUCAUCCUCAGCUGAGGUUGGAGGGCCCCAUGGAUUUUCAGCCCCUGGAGCUGUGAACAGGAGCAUUCCUGAUGCUGAGGGCAUCACUAGACCCAUGGACCGACCAUAUCCUUGGGGGCGAGAGGGCUUUGCACCGUUCCCUUGGAUCCCUGCUGAAGGCGAGUCUCACUGGUGGGGCACCUUCAAUCCUAUGCAGAACCCGGCACAUGGAAGUUUUACCAGAAGGCCUGCUGGUGAGCGGAUGCCGCAGAGUCACCCAGAGAACGGCUAUCCGCCUGUGCCUCCUCCCCAGAGGAUGCCACCGUUCUUGUGAUUAGUGAAGGCUAUUCUGCAAUUAUUGUGUAUAAAAUUUAUUUGAUUCUAGACUUGAGAGAAGAGGGGAAGAAGAUCAGCUGCGCUGCAGUGUCGAAACUGGUUGGUUAAAGGACCUGUAUGAUGUUUAUGCCGCUGGUAUUUUAGCGUUUUCGGUCCAGCAGCACUCAGGCUUUGUUGAGCGCUGUCCUAACUGAUGCGUUGUUUCAUUGAGCAGAAUUAUUUGAAAACAUGAGCUAAACUGCAUCUUUGGUCGCCAUGAGUCGAGUGCAGCUAUGAAUACAAGACAGUGGGUAUUCA